CGAUAUUUUCUCCAUCUCUGUCCCGCUCGCUGUACAUAAGCAGCUCGGCGAAGGUGCCGUAGCUCUUGGUCUUCGGUUCACUUUUACGGUCUACGUCCCACAGACUCAUCUCUUGUUUCACCUUUGAACUAUUUACAAGCGUCUGAAAUGUCUCUCGCGUCAGUACCGAGGCGCGUUGUGAAGAAAGUCCUGGCCGUUGAGACCCCCGAGGGUGAGGGUGCUCUAGUCAGGCGUUCAAUAGGCACCCCAAAGCUCCGGAAUCUCACUCCAUUUCUGAUGCUCGAUCAUUUCAAUGUAGCGCCAGGCGCGGGUUUCCCUGACCAUCCUCAUCGCGGCCAAGCAACGGUGACAUACAUGCUGGAGGGGAGCUUCCAACACGAGGAUUCCGCAGGCCACAAGGGCAAGAUUGUGGCCGGAGGCGUGCAAUGGAUGUGUGCUGGUCGUGGCAUCAUCCAUGCGGAAAUGCCUGUGCAUGGUCCGGGCCAUCCCAACCCUCGCGGCCUUCAGCUUUGGAUUGAUCUUCCGAAGAGAUACAAGAUGGUUGAGCCCACAUACCAGGAACUUGAACCUCAUGAGAUCCCUACUGCGUAUCCCGAGGGUCCGGACGGCCCUGUUAGUAUCAAAGUGAUCAGCGGGAAAAGCCAUGAUGUUGAGUCUCCCGUCCGACCGCUCGGAGGCUGCUGGUACUUCCAUGUCAUUUUCGACAAGAAGGACACAACUAUUUUCCAGGACAUCCCGGCGGGAUGGACGUCAUUCAUCUACAGCUUGAAGGGCUCAUUGAAGGUCGGCUCGGAGCCUAACGUGCACGAGGCUUUCCACACGCUCGUUCUUUCUGGUGAUGCGAACGAAACGGGCGUACAGCUCACUGCGGCAGAGGACAAUACUGAAGCUGUACUGAUCGCUGGAGAGCCCCUGGAUCAGACAGUCGUACAAUACGGCCCAUUCGUCAUGACCAGUCGCGAAGAGAUUCAGGCAACGUUCAUUGACUAUCAACUCGGCCAGAAUGGGUUUGAGAAAGCUCAUACCUGGAAGAGCAAGAUCGGUGGGCGGUAGAUAUCCAUUCGUCCGGCACGGUCGCGAAGCUUAACCAUUCUCUUGUACCAAAGCAUCGAUCUGAGGUCCCAUGAAUGCA